UGUACGAAUAGGUGCCGGGCGCACCUGUUGCACCGAAUUAUGUGUCAACAUUUUUAUUUGCUUGUUCAAUUCGAUCAUGAGUAAUAAUUACCUAUAUAGUAUAAUAUAUUUUAUUUCACGCAAUCCAACUGAAUAGACCGUCAUAAUAUUAAAAACAAUUUUUUAUUUUAUUUUUUUUUUUUUUACACAAAAUUAAUUUCAUCUAACAUGACGUUACCGAGUAUGUUUUUUUGUUCAGUUUUGUGUAUCACAGCAUGCACCACGGUGACAAGGGCGGCAAAUAUAUUAGUAUUUAUGCCGUUGCCGAUUAAAAGCCAUUUUCGCGGAUUUCAACCGUUGUUCGAAGAGUUAGCGCUCCGAGGGCACAACGUAACUGUAGCUAGUUCAUUCCCUCUAGAUCGUMCGCUUGUCAACUACACAGACGUAGGGCCAUUUAUUCACAAAGAAAGAGAAAGAAAUGUAAUGGAAUUAGUGUACAUGAACUUUAUWACGUCUGUUCAACUGAAAUGGGGUCUUGGUAUAAGAAUGUCCGAUCUAGUCAUGUCGCACGAGAACAUGAAAAAGUUUGUUCAAUCGAGUUCGAAUUCGUUCGAUUUGGUCAUGAUCGAAACGUUCUGUCAAGAGUACACUGUUACCAUGGGCCACAAAUUCAACGCCCCCGUCAUAAAUCUGGCACCUGCGAUGCCCUGGGUCAGUGUUAGCAAAUGGCUGCACGUCCCUUCCACAUUUUCGUACAUACCGGACACGUGUUUGAGAUCAAGGAGCGAUAUGGGUUUUGUAGACCGUUUAAAAAACACCAUAACUGGCCUCAUGCAGUCUUAUGCAGAAAAAUACUUUUAUUUACCUAAAAUGAAGGAAGUGAUGAACACAUACUUCACAUACGAAGGUUGGGAGUCCAGGCCUCCGCUCGAGCACAUGCUGAAAAAUGUGUCCCUUACGCUGGUCAACUCRAAUUUUGCGAUUGGUGUUGCUAGACCGUAUCUUCCCGGUGUUGUUGAAGUGGGCGGAAUGCACAUAAAACCCCCGAAUACUCUACCCGAGAAUCUUCAAACUUUUUUAGAUGUUGCAGAUGAAGGAGUAAUAUUUUUCAGUUUUGGUUCGUUAGUGAAUUUAAAUGACUUGCCAGAAGAAAAAUUGAAAAUUUUUCUUAGUGUUAUCCGAAAAUUAAAACAAAAUGUAAUUAUAAAAUGGAUACCUAAUAGCAAUGUCAAGCUGCCUAAAAACAUUAUGACUGGUUCAUGGUUUCCACAAAAUGAUAUUUUAGCACAUCCAAACGUUAGACUAUUCAUAACCCAUGGAGGAUUGCACAGCAUAGAAGAAACUGUUAAUAACGCAGUACCUAUAGUCGGAGUACCAUUUUUUGCUGACCAGUAUUUAAACAUGAAAAUAGCUGAGGAUAAAGGUUAUGGUAAACUUGUAAGUUUUUUAGAAAUUACUGAAGAAUCGUUAGAAAAUGCCAUCAAAGAAGUACUGACGGAUGUGAUGUAUAAAGAGGUGGCAAAGGCCCAGAGUCAAGUAUUUAAAGAUCAACCAAUGAAACCCUUGGAUCGAGCUGUUUACUGGGUGGAAUAUGUUAUUAGGAAUGGUGGAGCUAAACAUCUUUUAAGUKACUCAAAACAGUUGAAUGAUGUACAGUAUUUUUUGUUAGACAUAUCAUUGAUAUUUUUUGUAUUAAUCGGACUAAUAAUUUGGUUAUGUUAUUUGGUAAUUGCGAAAAUGUUAUCUAAAAAAAUAAAUACAGAUUAAUUACUUUAA